AUGACAAUUUACGUCCCUAACGCAAAGGCACAUCUCCUCUACCUCUGUGCCAUCCAUAGAAUCAGAGGAAAUCAAAAUGCUCCCUACAUGGCCUGGACCAAGGUAAUCGACGCCAUGAAUGUCGAAGCCCCCAGACAUCUCGCAGGAGGUGAUCUCUUUGAUACUGAUCCGUGGCCCACUAGACAGUAUACGGUAAGUAAUAUUAGAACGGUUUGCAGACAAUGGAUAAGAGUCCGAAGAUUUCCAAUACGAGGAGCGGAUCCUGGGAUGAGGGAGGGUAGUAUGGAUAUGGAGAGGAUGAGGGUGAGGUAUCUACUCAAUGAUGAGCAGCCUGAAUCUCCUGGGUCUAUCGUGGCGGAACAUGGCAGUCACCAACCUUCAAACGUUAGACUUCGGGGGCCACAACUUCCGAGUUUGAGAGAAGUGCUUAGUACGCCAAAUGUUCAUCCGCAACCUAUACUGAAUAUGAAUACAAGGGUUGUAUGGGGUAGAUUGCGACGAUUGAAUGGAAGACAUCGUCUUCCUGAUGCACUUGCUCUUCCCGGCGAAUCUGCUCAUCCUGAUACGUCUGCGCCCCCUGACGAACCUGCUAUUCCUGAUACACUCGCUCCAAGAGUACCCGAUACUCAGUAA